AUGAUUGAACAUAUCAUCCUUCCUACGGAUGCAGAUGAGAAAGCUGCAUAUGAGAAGACCAAAGCCGACGAUCUCGCUCUUUGGAAGCGGCUUGAUGUAGUGGUCUUGGCUAUUUACCUUAAUAAGGAAUUUACCAACACAAACCUUAUUGACUUUUCAACGAAAAAUGCUUAUUGUAAUCGUCUUAAAAGUCUUGCCGAUCAACUAGCCAUUGUCGGGACUCCAGUCACUGAUCAUAGUAUGGUUCUGAAAAUGCUUCAAGGCUUGACAAAACAAUAUUCAAAAUUUUUCACCGUGAUGCAGAACAAGAAGACCUUACCUACCUUUGCUAUUGCUCGAUCCAAACUCGCAUUGGAAGAGACUACACUUUUGGAGCGAGCAAAGCAAGAUUCUGGUUCAACUUCCCUUGUUGCUAAUAAUUAUUCUUCUGAUGUUGGUUCCUCUUUCCAAACACCAUAUCAAAACAAUAAUACCAAAUAUCGUAAUAAAAAUAACGCCAACGGUGAUAACUACCAAGCUAGUGGAGGACGAAGCAACCACUGCUGUGGUAGUAAGACCGGUGGUGGAUAA